AACAAAAUCUCUUAAGUCUCUCACGUUAGCAGCUUUCUUUGGUGGUGGUGGUGGUGUGAUUCGGAAGAGUGGACCAUGGCGGAUUCUGUGGCUCUUUUUACUUCAAUCGGACUCAGUGAGCAGAAAGCUAAGGAGACGUUGAAGAAUGAGCAGCUCAGUGCAGCUCUCAGAGACGCUGUUACACAGGCUAAAAACAUGUUGGGAUCCAGAGAAGUGGACAAAGCCAUAGGGAACCUUCUGUACAGCAUGGCGUCCCGUCUGCGAGACCUCAACCGCUUGCCUUACCUGACUGAGUACAUCGUCAAACGCAAGAUCACCACAGACCUACAGUUAUCUGCUGCACUGGACUUUGUGAAGAGCCACCCUGGGGAUCCUAUGGACAAAAAGGAGUUUGAGACUGCCUGUGGUGUGGGGAUUGUUGUCACGCCGGAGCAGAUUGAGGACACGGUUGAGCUAAUCAUCAGAAAAAACAAGGAGCAGCUGUUGGCUGAGCGAUACCGCUUUAACAUGGGGCUCCUCAUUGGUGAAGCCAGAGCAGCUCUUAAAUGGGCAGAUGGAAAAAUCUUAAAGAAUGAAGUCGACAUGCAGGUCUUGCACCUCCUGGGUCCUAAAACUGAGGCGGACCUGGAGAAGAAACCCAAGGCAGCAAAAGCCAAACCAGCAGAGAAGGAAUCGAAGCAGGAGAAGGUUGAGUCUGUGAGCGAUUUUAAGAUGGAGGGGAAAUCUCUGAUGGAGCAGCUGAGAGGUGAAGCUCUUAAAUUCCAUAAACCAGGUGAGAAUUAUACUACUGAAGGAUAUGUCGUAACACCAAACACCAUGGACCUACUGAAACAGCACCUGGAGCUUACCGGAGGACAGGUUCGAACUCGGUUCCCUCCUGAACCAAACGGCAUCCUCCACAUCGGACACGCCAAGGCGAUUAACUUCAAUUUUGGUUAUGCUAAGGCAAACAAUGGCAUCUGCUUCCUCCGCUAUGAUGAUACAAAUCCUGAGAAAGAGGAGGAGAAAUAUUUCACCGGCAUUAAAGACAUGGUGGAAUGGCUCGGCUAUAAGCCAUAUGCUGUUACUCAUGCCUCUGACAACUUCGGGCGUCUGUAUGAACUUGCUGUUGAGCUUGUUCGCAGGGGUCACGCGUAUGUCUGCCACCAGCGCGGCGAGGAGCUGAAGGGCCACAAUGUGCCACCCUCACCAUGGAGGGACCGACCUGUGGAGGAGUCUCUCGUUCUUUUUGAAAGAAUGAAAAAAGGCAUGUUUGCAGAAGGAGAGGCAACACUCCGCAUGAAGAUGGUCAUGGAAGAUGGCAAAAUGGAUCCGGUGGCUUACCGCAUCAAGUACACGCCUCACCACAGAACUGGUGACACCUGGUGUAUAUAUCCUACAUAUGACUACACCCACUGCCUGUGUGACUCGAUCGAACACAUCACACACUCGCUGUGCACCAAGGAGUUUCAGUCUAGACGCUCAUCAUAUUUCUGGCUGUGCAAUGCUUUGGACGUGUACUGUCCUGUGCAGUGGGAGUAUGGCAGACUUAACCUCACCUACACGGUCGUCUCCAAGAGGAAGAUCAUCAAGCUGGUGGAGACGGGGACCGUCAGAGAUUGGGACGACCCACGCCUCUUCACUCUCACUGCUCUCAGGAGACGUGGCUUUCCUCCUGAGGCCAUCAACAACUUCUGUGCACGUGUGGGUGUGACCGUUGCCCAGACAACCACUGAGCCUCAUUUGUUGGAGUCUUGUGUGAGGGAUGUGCUUAACGACACUGCACCGAGGGCCAUGGCUGUCUUGGAACCUCUCAAAGUGACCAUCACCAAUUUGCCUUCUAAUGCCAAGACUCAGAUUCAUGUUCCGGAUUUCCCUGCGGAUGAGAGUAGGGGUAGCCAUGUGGUUCCCUUUUCCAGAACAAUUUUCAUUGAGCAGAGUGAUUUUAGAGAGGUAAUUGAGAAGGGCUAUAAGCGUCUGACUCCUGAACAGCCAGUAGGCCUUAGGCAUGCUGGCUACAUCAUCUCUGUGCAGCGUGUCAUCAAGGAUGACGGUGGUAAAGUGGUAGAGCUGGAGGUGACGUGCACAAGCUCAGACUCUACUGAGAAACCCAAAGCCUUUAUCCACUGGGUCUGUGAUCCCCUGCAGUGUGAAGUGCGCCUCUAUGAACGACUCUUCCUCCAUAAAAACCCAGAGGACACAUCUGAAGUGCCUAAUGGCUUCCUGAGUGACAUCAAUCCGCAUUCCAUGCAAGUGAUUGAAAGUGCCUUAAUUGACCGCUCAGUGAGCAAGGCCAAAGUCUUCGAUAAAUUCCAGUUCGAGAGAGUGGGCUAUUUCUCCCUGGACUCAGACAGCACAGCUGAUAAGCUGGUUUUCAACAGGACUGUUACACUCAAGGAGGAUCCAGGGAAAAUCUGAGGACCGAAGAACAUCGACGGACUACAUCACUGUGCAGAAAUGGAUUAUAAAAUAUUGCAAAUUAAUCAGUAUUUUAAAAGUUAAAGCGAAUUAUGCUGGUGCUGUGCAGUGUUGAAACUUAAAUAUGCAAUGUAUCAUGUUGUUCUUUCAUAUGUCUGGGAAAAGACAAACUUUUGGAAUAAACCAUAUUUAAGUGAAAA